AUGGCUCAAGUGACGACAGAGGAUUUGCAGAAAUACGCUCUCUACUACCUCAUGUACCGUGACUGCAUCCCACACCACCCAUCCACUCCAUCUUUCCCUUUUCCUCCCACUCCUCCUCCUUCCGCCUUUUCUUUCUCCUCACUUCUUCCACCACCUUCACCAUCACAAGCCGUAGCUUCAGCAACAGCACAACUCACUUCCUCCAUUCUCUUGUUGUCGGUGUUCGCCCUUUUCAGAGCCUUCGUGAUUGUUUUUGUUGUCGCUGUUGUUGUGGCUGUCGCUGUUGUUGCGGCGAUGGCGGUGGCGGUUGUGGCUGUGGCUGUGGCGAAGGUAACCCCACCGGUGGAGGCGGAGGUGGCAGUUGCUGUUACUAGCUCCCAUGAUUAG